ACAACAUUAGUUAGUUGCUUCCUAGCGUGUAAAGUUUUUAGUAACAUUAUUAUACUUUAUAUAAAUUAUAAUCUUCAUAUUUCUUUUGAGAAAAUAUAACUCUUUCUGACGUCAUCAAAACCUGAGUUGUAUUUGUACAACCUGGAAAGUAAGACGAACCAACAGCCUGUAAAUAUUGGUGAUACUAUCAGCAGUAUCAGCUGUGAGCGGAACGUGACAAGCUGUCUACAUUAUGAAAGGUGAUCAAAUCGACGUGGUGUCUCCCAGUUAGUGCGUCAGUCUCAAACAGUCCGUGUAUUCAAUUUUACAUUUACCCUGUGUCUGUCGAGAUGGUGAAGGUCCAGCAGUGCAAUGGACCCGCGAUUAGUCUGAAUCCGCCAAAUAGACUGAGCAAAUACGUUGCUGCCCUCCGACCAUGGUCGUUCACAGCCUCUUUCACGCCAGUAGCACUAGGAUGUAUUUUGGCGUACAAAUCUGUGGGGAUGUUCAGCUUGCCUGUUUUCUUUACGACCUGCCUUACGGCAUUAUCUGUUCACGCAGCCGGUAAUCUCGUAAACACUUAUUUUGACUACACCAGAGGAGUUGACACAAAAAAAAGCGACGACCGAACGUUGGUUGAUAAAAUUCUUCUGCCGUCAGACAUUGCGUUUCUUGGUGGAGUCUUCUACAUAGUUGGCUGUGUCGGAUUUCUCGUUUUAGUUUUAAUAUCGCCAGCAAAGAUGGAACAUUUAGCUUUAAUAUACUUCGGAGGGCUUUCGAGCAGUUUCCUGUACACGGGUGGUCUGGGAUUGAAGUAUAUCGCUAUGGGCGAUCUGUUGAUUUUUUUGACGUUUGGACCAUUGACAGUAUUAUUUGCUUUUUUGACUCAAGGAGGACAACUCUCACUCAUGCCGUUCUUUUACGCUAUUCCACUUGCACUGAAUACAGAAGCCAUCCUGCAUAGUAAUAAUGCUCGGGAUGCAGAUGGCGAUUUGAAGGCUGGAGUGAUUACGCUAGCCAUUUUGUUGGGACAGGCGGGAUCAUAUGUUUUGUUUUCUGCUCUUAUGUUUCUGCCUUACAUCAUGUUUAUUAUGAUGGGAAUCCAUUGUACAAAGUGGUUGUUCCUUCCAGCACUCUCUAUAGUUGGAGCUUUUAAGCUAGAAAAAGAUUUCCGAAUCCGCCGUUUAACUGAUAUGCCCAGGAGAGUUGCGUUUCUUAACCUCAUCAUGGGGAUACUCUACAUCGUAGCGUGCUUAAUGGCAGAUGGUACUGCUUUACCAGCUCUGGUUUGAUACUGUAUGAAAUGUACAUGCAUACAUGUAGUAUACAAGACAAUUUUAGAAGUACACGUACUUGUAAUUUAAGCAAUUAUGGAAAUGGCAAAUGCAUUUUUCACAGCAGUUUUGCAGUUAAUGUGUAAUCUUGAGAGGAAUUUAAUUUGUCAGUGUUACAGAAAUAAAUAAUAAACUUUAAAAAAAUGACAGCAAAUUAAAACUUCCAUCCAUGGCAAAAUACAUGCCGCAAAAAAUUUAAAACAUCAUGACAAUCUACACGAUUUCUUUGGUUAAAUUCUAGGGUUGCAGCCCCUAAUAUGUGUAUAGUGCAUUUGCUCCUGAAAAAUUACCAACUUAGCCCAGUGCUUGAUCAACUUACUCUGGACAAUGAAUGGUCAAUAAGCCACAAUCCUGAAUCUACAAUGUUUGUGUAAACUAUGAAAUAAUGACUGUAUAUAACAGGUUAAUUCACAAAAACCCCAAAUUAUUAUGCAUGCUCAUUCUCUACAACAAAAAGCCUGUUAUUUGUAUUUAUUAUCAGCUCAUGUCUAUAUAACAUUAUUGUUAAAAAAGGAAUGAGUUUAAAAAAAAAAAUCCUGUACUUUGAUGCUAAUUAAUCUAUUUUCAAUUACAUAUGAAAACUUAAUUAGGUUUGGGGCAAAUUGAUUCUUGUGAUGGAUGAGUUGUCAGCACAGACUGGAGUGGGUGAGUUAACCAACUAUUUGGGGUGAGUUGGUCGGCAACGUUAUGUCCUCCCCCAACAAAUUUUAAAAAUAAUUGUUAGGAUUAGGGAUAGUUACAAGAGUUGUAAGAUUCAAAGUUAACUAACACAUUUUGUGUGUGUAUAUAUAUAUACACAGUAGAAUCUCGCAGGGUUGAAUACACUGCAAAACUCAAACUACAAACACUUUCUCGAGCACUGACGAGGGAGACCUCUGAAACUUGUGAGAGCAAUAGUUUUGUUCGAGUGUCGCUCGCAUAACUAUAGUUUGUGUAACUCGUUUUUCGUUCGCACAUUGAAUUUAUGAUAUGGCAAUCUAUUCCACAAAAAACUAUUCAUUUGCUAACCACUUACCCCAGCACCCUCCCCAGGAAUUGCAUCUGAAAUGCAAGCUGAUAUAUUUUCACUCUCAAAAUAUCCAGUAUUUGUCUGAAUUGUUAGGGUUUGGUUUUGUGAUUUUUAUAAUAUUAAUGGAAUGAUUGUAUGUACCUGUAUGUGUUUUUUAAAAGUGAAUUUUGCAUAUAAUAUUGCUGUAUUUGAACUUCAGAAUUUCUUGUUUAAUGUUUUGUGACAAAUAUAAAAACCAAAACUGUUAUACCUUCAGCCGAUGUCAGUAAUUUUUAUCCAGCGGCCAACAGCUGCCAUUUUUAAAGCCAUUGACCAACAUCAGUUCUUAACAAAACUAUGGCAGUUGCCGCCGGUGUCAAUGUUACGUUCGAGUCCUGAUAUUGUCUAAGGAAAUGUCUGUUUUAAUAUAUAGAUGUGUGUAA